AAAAUAGCAGCAAAAUGAAUAUAAUGACAACUGCAUUUUCUCAAUUACCAAUUAUGAAGUAGAUGAUCGGACAUUUAGUGUUUAACCACUACGCUGUUAUCUAUAUCUUUUUCUAACCUAAACUUCUGUUUUUCUGUUUCUGCCCCUGCCGAAAAAUAAUUGCGGUUUUGUUUACCACAAACAACCUUCGUCACUGACCUUUCUAGAAGAUAAACUUAACAAGUUUGUGAUUGCCCUGAGGGCCCGUCACGGGCCUUUGCCGAUGCAUGUUUUCGUCGGAGAGUUAGACGCUGUUCUCUUAAUCUUCUUAGUUUCCCCUUUUUUUCCAAACGUCUUUGUUCCGAAGUUACAGCUUCGGAAGUCUUUACGUGGUUUCGCGAUCACUUCAAAGUACUGAAACAGUAACUUACCAGGUAUUCAGCUUCUUAUCCCUUACUCGAUUGAAGAUAUGUGGUUAACAAUUCUAUCGCAAUUGUCUUUUGUUUUGUUUCGUUUUGCUUUGUUUUGUUUUGUUUUUUCUGGUUCCUUCGAAAAGCAUAAAAAAAAACCUCAAGUCGGCUACCGGUACUGCAGGCAUUCACUGAAGGAUUUCAACCAGCAAUCAGGCUAUCGACCAAAAUAUUUCAAUGUGUAACAACCUUUAACCUACAAAGUACAAUCUGAGGGGGGGCACGAUUACAUAGCUCCGUUUCUGGAUUUGCGUUGGAGAUAGAAAAUGAAGCUGUUACAGCACUAAUUCACACUGUGAUAAUUUAUCUGUUCCUUGAGCGAGAAUUCAAGCUUCAUCAAGUUGUUUUCCGUGUAGCUAUUGUUUACCCGUAUCGUAGAAUUUAAAACAAUCAAAACGUUAUUGUUGCGCUGCUAUAGCGACAGUUCCCUUUGUUUUUCAUUUGUCGUUCAAAUGAUUUGCUGGACCAAUCUCGAGACAUUUUUGCGUUCCUCUUCGUAAAAACAGCAUAGGCAAGGAGAAAGGGAAAUUUGUAAUCUACCUCGAUUCCAAAGUUUCCUGCUUAAUACUGUUUCAUGAAAAAAACUUCGUAAGUUUUUUCGUGACACAUGAAACUGCGAACGUCGCACAACUCUGACAACUUUGUCCUGCUCAGCACUCAGGCGGCAAAAACAUGGCACUUGACAGUCCGAACUGCGCUCCGGAUUUCCCCGAUCAUCAAGAGCUUAAACGCAAUUUCGUCGAUCUGAUGGAAACUCGAGGGCGCACAGCAGUAGAUCGUCUUGAACGAGAGCUUGGCGGUGUUAAAGCAAUCGUGCGGAAGCUUCAUUCUUCCACCAGAAAGGGUGUAAUUGGUAUUAAAGACGGGCUCGCGAGAAGAGAAGUUUUUGGAAGCAAUCAUAUACCGGUUAAGCCGCCUCAGAGCUUUUUUCGAUCGUUUAUUUACUCGCUCACAGACUCGGUCUUGAUUAUUUUAGUACUGGGAGCCAUUGCUACUCUUAUUCUUGGCUGGUAUCAUCCUGAAAUCUGCGAUGGAAUAGAACAAACCAAAACAGCUUGGAUGGAAGGCUGCGGAAUUCUGGGCACUGUGGUAGUAAUCAUUUUUAGUUCAGCUCUGAGUGACUUCUUUCGAGACCGUGAGUUUUAUAAGAUGCAAGUUAGAAUGGAGAACAGCCGAAAAUGCACUGUCAUAAGAAGCGGAAAAGAAAUGACAAUCUGUUGUAAGGAUCUCAAAGUUGGUGAUUUAUGCGUUCUACAAGUCGGUUCAAUUGUUCCAGCGGAUGGUGUUCUCGUUCAGGCGAACGAGUUACUCACAAAUGAUAGUAUUGUUGACGGUGGACAGAUAAAGGCUUCCAAAGGCGAUGCAGACCCUUUAGUGUUCGCUGGAAGUUACGUGAGAGAAGGAAAUGGUAGAUUUUUAGUCAUCGCUGUCGGUAAGGACACUCAAGCUUGCAAAAAUCAGGAGAACAAGCCAAAAGCUUCUGAUCAAGAGUUUAACCCGGAUGACGAACGCACAACCUUGCAGGGAAAGCUUAACAAGGCCUCGGCUGUUUUAGGUCUCACUGGCAUCAUUGUCGGUGCACUAGUGACGUUCAUUAUUAUCAUUAGAUUUAGCUUUCAAACAUACUCAGUUGAUGGCAAAAGUUACGAUGUCAGUCACUGGAUUGAGUUCGUUCAAGCUAUAAUAAUGGGAAUAGUCAUCAUCAUCAUCGCUGAACCAGAAGCGCUGUCGCUAGCUGUCACAAUCACACUCUCCUACUGCAUAGAGAAGAUGCACUCGAGUCGAAUAUUGGUCCGCAAUGUUGAUGUGGUGGAAAAGAUGGGGAACCUAACAACGAUAUGUUGUGGUAAAACAGGUGUUUUGACUGAACUGAGUGAGCUGACUGUCUCAGAGCAAGUAGUGGAGUGUUACAUGGCCGACAAGAAAUUCACUGGACAUCCGCGUUUUUACGGCGACAAGUUGCCCACGAACGUACUUAAAUCCUUGUGUGAUGCGAUAUCAAUCAACACCAGUUACUCCUCUAAUAUCACGUCGUCAGGCCCUGAAUGUCUCCCAAAACAAACCGGUGACAGGACAGAAUGUGCUCUUCUCCAGUUUGUGCUUGAUUUAGGCGUCUACUACCCGUUCAUAAGGAAAGAACAUCCAGAGGAAACAUUUGUUAAGGUGUUUGGGUUCUCUCCAGAACGUAGAUUUAUGAGCACAGUCAUUAGGGACGGAAAUGAGUAUAAAAUUUACAUCAAAGGAGCACCCGAGGCCAUUCUUUCAAGGUGCACGGGGAUUUUUAAGGAAGGAGGAAAGGUUGCUAUGUUUACUCUCGAGGAUAGAGGCGAGAUAGACCGAGUCAUUAAAAACAUGCAAGAGAGCAGUCAUUUAAAAGUGAUGUGCAUUGCUCAAAGACCUCUAUACCCCUCAGCGGGAGAGCCACAGUGGGAAAGAGAAGAGGAAAUAAUAUCAGAGAUGACGUUGAUUGGACUUGUAGGUAUCGACACAAUGGAUGAGUACGUGACUGUUGAAAGUAGAAAAAGAGCAAUGGAAGGAAAAUUAGGUGGCAAGACAUUUCGAAGGUUUCAGGACCUGAAGAAAUUUAAAGAUGACAACUUCAAACAUCCAGAUUUUCCCGAGGAGAUCUGCCGAGGAAUCGCUGUUAGCACAAAAUACUCAUCAAAUAUUGAGGAUGAAGACGAUGACAACCUUCCUAAACACAUUGGCGACAGCAAUGAUGGCGCUCUUCUACAGCUUGUCCUUGAAAUGGGUGAGACCUAUCAGAUCUGGAGAGAUGAAUAUCCUGAGGAUAUGCUCGUGCAUAGACGUGCUAGUCCUAGAGAAGCACCUUCAAGUCUUCAGCACACUGCUGUUGUUAUUCACAUGAGGGACAGUGGCAGUGGAGGAUACAAGCUGUACUGCAAGGGGGCUCCUGGGUAUGUGCUGCCCCGCUGCACCCAAAUGGCACUUCCGACACUUGAGAAUAUUGCAUUCGACGAUCAGGACAAAAGGAACAUAUGGCACGAAAUCGAUAAUCUGCAAACAAGAAAACAAUUUGAAGUUAUAUGUUUAGCGUUGAAAUACUUUCCAGAAAACUAUGACUGGGACAACGAUGACUCCAUGUCAAACCUUACGUUCCUGGGUUAUAUUGGCAUUGACGAAAAUGUCCGAACACGGGUCCCGGAUGCCAUAUGGGAUCUCCACCAAUCAGGUAUUAAAGUGUGCAUGGUGACAGGGGACAACUUGAGUGCUGCAGGAAGAUUCGGCUCAAAGAGCGGAAUCCUGUCACCAUCUAGGGAUUGGCCUCUCAAAGAAUUUUCCUAUUUUGGAUGCGACAGCAAAGUUUUCAGCAGCAUCACUAAAGAAAAGUUCGACGAAUGGUGGCCAAACGAACUUCGUAUCCUGGCCUCUGCUGGAGCGGCAGACAGACUAAAAUUCGUCGAGCACAUUCUGAGGAGCCAGUCUUCUCCACAUGGUGAGAUAGUGGCUGUGACUGCUUCUGGAGUGAAUGAUGACAAAGUAUUGAGGAGCGCUGACGUAGGACUCACCAUGGGCGUGUCUGGAACAGACGUUGCGAAGGAAUCCGCUGAUAUUGUGUUAGAAAAUGACGACUUCACCAGCAUUGUUGAGGCAGUCAAAUGGGGACGUAACUUGUACGAGACCAUUCUCAAGUUCCUCCAGUUUCAGUUGACCGUCGCGUGGGUUGCCAUCAUCGUUGUGAUUGUUGGAGCGUGUGUCACAAAGCGAAGUCCUCUGUCAGCCACUCAGCUGCUAUGGAUAAACCUUAUCAUGGAUUCACUGGCAUCGUUCGCUCUUACUCGUGAUCAGCCAUCGGACGACAUAUUCAAACACAAGCCUUACGGUCGAAGCAAGCCUCUUAUAUCCCGCACUUUGCUGAGGAACGUGAUCGGUCAUUCUAUAUACCAACUGGCCGUUAUGUUCUUGUUAAUGUUUGUUUUUCCUGAUUUCCUGGACAUGAGAAAUGGAUACGAGGAAUCCAGUGUGUGCCGACCAACUCAGCACAAGACCAUGGUUUUCACGACCUUCGUUUUCAUGCAACUUUUUAAUGAAAUUAACUGCAGGCGGUUACAGGACAGGAACGUGUUUUCUGGAUUGUUAUAUGGCAAGCUCAGAGAUAUCAACUUUGUUUUUAUCAUAGUCUGGAUUGCUUCUAUGGGAAUUCAGAUCAUUAUCGUGCAAUUCUUCACAAAUGCAUUUCGUGUGAUUGAUAUGGAGUGGGACCAGUGGAUGUGGAGCUUGUUUUUCGGCUUUUCUGAGCUGAUCUGGGCCCAGCUUGUGUUCACUAUUCCCAAGGAGAUUAUUCCUCGUCAGAUUCGGUGCUGUGCGAAUGGAAUCACCAGAAACAGAGAAGGUUGCUGCGAGAAGCUGGCCCUAAUGCGAGGAGUCUCUAAGGUUCGAAAACAGAACCUGACGAUGUACACAUACGACAAUAAUGGGAGUGCAAGGUUUUUUGACAACGGGAGAGUGUCUCCUGCUACAGAGGAAUACAGAAUGACUACUAUAAACUGAGAAAACAAGGACAAUUUAACAUAAUUCAGAAUUUGUUUAACUGACCAUUCAUAAUCUCGCAACUACUACAGCCAUGUGAAGCCUGGGUUACGCAAGUGAAAUAACGAUUCAGGACGUAAUUCAGUUGGAAGUACCGCCACACAAGUGUCCAAGAGGCGUGGGUUCGAAUAUCUUAAGGGCCUAAGUUUUAUUCGGGCCUUUUUUUUUUUUCUGGGGUCAACUUCCAGAAUCAUUUCGUUUACUUGAGAGUAACAUAGCAAGUUCUUUUUUCAUCAUGUUUGUGGUGUGAACGGGUGAAACGAAGGAUCGUGGUAUCACCAUCAUGACAUCAGUUGACAUAAUAAUGGUUAUGAUCAGCAUUUCAUUAUUGGGAAGCAGGCCUUAAAGGGUUAUUGUAUUUUGUAUAUAUUCACCAGGACAUUUGAGGCCAAGUUAUUCAUGGCAGAUUUUGUUAAUCAGCGGCUUACUCUUGAAUGGGUCUAAAUAACUAGACGAUAGUCACAUUUAUCAUAAAAAUUACAAUUUAACCGAUUGUAAUUGGUUUACAAAAAUUAUAUUUUCUUCCAAUUCACUUGCCAAGUUGUAAUCGGACAGAUCAAUAAUCCAAUCACGUUAAAGUUGUAGUUUAAAUAAGUUAAUGGAAAUUUUCCCUUUCUUUGGUAACUUGGCCAUUCUUCUUCUCUCGGAAAUUGUAAUUUUUAUGAUAAAUUGGUGAGAAGACUUCGUGUCGUCCAAUUCGAUCUGUAAUCAUACGAGUGAUAACAAAAUCCGAUUUGUUUAUCACGACCUGGACUCCUCUCAGUCUUAUUAUCAUUACUUUGUAUGAUUGCCCAUUAUAGAGAUGUGCGCGCUCUGAUUGGUCGAGAAUAGCGUCGCUAUAAUCACCUCGCGCGAGGUGAUUAUAGCAGGGGCACUGAAUUUGUAAAUGGCUGUCUCGCGUUUUGUCAAUGUUACCGCGGAAGUGAUCUACGCGUUAAAAGAAAAUGCUAAGUUUGGCGUAACACUUUUCACUUUUGCUCCUACGCCCUACAAACAACUUAUACAUAUCAAGCAAACAACAAGAAAGAUGAGGUUGUUCCGUUCUGUUUUUAAAGUGGGCUUAUGUCGUGAAUGAGAGCGCAUAUUUGCAAAUCUCCUACGCCCCGUAAACUACUUAUACAUAUUAAGCAAUUAACAAGGUAUAGUAUUCAGCACUUAAAGUGACUUUUAAUACAAAAACGUUUUCUUAUUAAAGAGGUUUUAAAUGA